CCCAUUUUCUACUGUUAUCACAUAAUAAUGUAAAUGACUAUAAAAAGAUGUCAUUUAUAUCUCUCUUUCUUUUUUUCUAUUUCCUACUUAUCUUUCAAGAUGUAUGUUGUUUGUAAAUUACUAUAUAUUGCUAUCUUUGCAUUGUUGUCAGCAGCUCCACCUUACCUACCACUUUAUUAUAGUGAUGUACUUCAUUUCUCUUCAGAUCAAAUUGGACUUGUACUAGCCAUCGCUCCUUUUAUUCAGUCCAUUGCUUGUCCUUUGUGGAGCCUUGUGGUUGACAAGAGGCCCAAGUUACAUGGUUUGAUCAUGGCAUUGACUAGCUUUCUUGGUGGUUCUGCUAUCAUGGGUAUAAUGAUUAUUGGGCACUCUGUAUCUUCCUCAGAGAUCAUAUCUAAUCUUCUCAAAUUGACCAACACUUCUCUGGUAUUUAUCACUUCUACGCUUGCAUUGGCCUUUGCUUUCUUUACUUUACCAAACAUGUCACUUGUGGAUAGUGCCGUGAUGAAAAUACUCGGCCCCAACAAAAUACUUUAUGGUGAACAAAGAUUAUGGGGGUCUGUAUCAGCGGGAUUAACUAUUCUACUUGUGGGCCAACUUAUCUCAUGGACAGGUAAUUUUGAUAUGCUAUUCUAUGUCUUUGGUAUAUCAACCAUUGCCUUCAUGAUCCUUGCAUGCUUUGCCAAUGUCAACAAUGAAGAUACUCAAUACGUCCUUGCUCCAGAACUAUCUCAUGAAGCGGUUUUAAACAAUACAUUAGUUCCUGUAAUAACAUCGGAUGACGCUGAAAAGCUGUUAGGUGCUCGUGUGCCUAUCAACACUUACAAUAGCAUUUCUUCUGAGCAAAACAAUAGUACAAGUCAUUAUGUCGAUUUAUUCAAGACAAGCAGUAUUGCCUCUGUACAUACGGUUCGUGAAGAGGCAGAUGAAACGUUAGAUGCUAUUGGCCACGUCGAUCUCGGUUUGGCUAUAUCUAGAAUUGCCUCUGUCGAUCAAUCUUUAGCAGGCCUUAAAGAUAUCACACUGUCGCCUUAUACCAAGAGUGUGUUCAAGUCUUUUCGUGUGAUUACUUUUUUGAGUACAACUUUACUUUUUGGUGUCGUCUUAUCAAUUAUCAUCAAUUUCUUGUUCUUGUUCCUUAGCCGCGAUCUGCAUAUGCCUGCAAGUUGGAUUGGUUGGACAGGGCCCACCACGGGUAUUACAGAAUUGCUUUGUUUUUGUUUUUCCAAGCAGGUAAAAUCCAUAUGGCAAUCAUGACAUUCCUAAACUCUCCCUUUGUUAGUUGACUGAAUUGUUUGGUGUGACAAACAUGAUUUUGAUUGCACACAUUGCAACCAUUGUACGUUGUUUGAUAUACACUAUUCUUCCUUCCGAUUCAUUCUUGACUAACGUCAGUGCCUUGUUACUUCAAACACUCCAUGGUAUUGGUUUCGGUAUCUUUUGGGCUACAGCAGUAAGUGAGAUGGAUAGCUUUUUUCCUCCAGAACAACGAUCGGUUGCUCAAGGGAUUUUGGGUGCGCUUCAUUUUGGAUUGGGUACAGGGCUAGGUGCGCUUGUGGGUGGUUAUCUGUACGAAUAUCUAGGGGCCAUUUGGAUGUUUCGGAUUGCUGCUGCUAUUGCAACUUUAAACAUGACUGUAUUUUAUAUCGGAAGACUCAAUAGAUUCAAG